ACUGAUCGAAUCAACGUUGUACCACCUUUGUCAAUGCUCAGAGAACCUUCCCAUCUGCCCGAGACCCCAUUACUGAACAGACACUGCAUGUCCGCACUUCCCCUGUAUAAAGUCCCCUCAAAAGACAGAAAAUUGUACGCUGAAAACUAAAAGAUUCAAGAAUUUUUUAGUUCUGUACAGACUGAAAGCUAGAUUCAGGAAAUGUUCAGCAACAGCUAUGGCUGUGGUGCCGUCUUGCCCUCUAAAACUGAUAGCUUCUUCCCCUUAUACCCUGCUAUUUCCUCCCCAUGGCCUCAAUAUCGAUCCAACCCACUUACCAAAAUCUCAUUCACCAUCCCCCCACCUGAUUUUCAAGCCCUGAGGAUCCGGGUUGGAAGUCGGGUGGGAUCCGGGUACGCGGCUGCUUCCACAAGGGCCACGCUCAACUUGUACCCGCCUAUUUCCUUCCCAUGGCCUCAAUCUCGAUCCAACCCACUUUCCGAAAUCUCAUUCCCCAUCCACCCAUCUGAUUUUCAAGCUCUGAGGAUCCGGGUCGGAUCCCGGUACGCGGCUGCUUCCGCAAGGGCCACGCUGCAGGACGCUGUGUCGGUGGAGGAGCCAUGCAGUUUUUAUGAUCUUCUGGGCAUCCCCGAGACGGGCUCUCUGUUAGAGAUCAAACAGGCGUAUAAGCAGCUUGCUAGAAAGUACCACCCGGAUGUGUCACCUCCGGGUCUGGUCCAGGAGUAUACACAGAGGUUCAUUCGGGUGCAGGAGGCUUAUGAGACCUUGUCGGAUCCUAAUCGAAGGGCCCUUUAUGACAGGGAUAUGGCUAAGGGGCUCCACUUAGCCUUCAGCUCCCGCAGACGAUACCAGAAUUAUGAUGAUCAAAUGGAGGAAAAGGGUGAAUGGAAGAGCCGUUGGCAGGAUCAAGUGUCAGAGUUGAAAAGAAGAAGCAUGUACAAGGAUGCUGGUAGUAUGUCUUGGGGAGCUCGAAUGCGCAGGCAAAAAAAAUGAACCAUCUUGACAAUCCUGAAUCGCAGUUUUUCUUUUCCUUUUUCCCCUUUUUUUGAGGUUAUGUAUAUAGAUUUGGCUGUCUGACUUUUGGCUGGACAGUGGAGAGAAUCAUGCCAGCGCUAAGGGUUAUGAUCAAUUUUUCUCCUUGACGUUUGGUGCCACUGCUAAUUAUGCAACAAUUAUUUAUAAAACAGAUAGCAGCAGGUUGCAUAUGCAGAGGCGUAACUAGUAUUGCUAUAUGCAGCAAUAAAUGAUUUGUACAUAGAACUGAUGAUUUCAGGAUUUCCUGAUAUCAUGAUACUAUUCUGCUUCUCUUGUUUUUUCUGAGAAAAAAUGCUUUGGUAUUUCCUCAAUUUAGUCCAUGAAUGGAGGACUCAAACUUGUGGUUGGUGCGUGGACAAAUCUUCUUGGAAGAGAUGAAGUUUGUACCCCAAAGAAAACUGAAGGGUCGGUUUGGCAUGUUGUGUUGUCAGCAUAUUUAUUUUUAAAGGACAGUUCUAUUAAUAACACCGUCAAAAACUUGGGCAGG